UUUUUGUGUCUAGAGAGCAAAGGCGGGAGUUAACUUUUGAAUUGCAAAACCGAGAGAGAGAAAGAGAUUCGCUUUCUUUCUAUCCGAAGUCAACAAAAUUCGAGUGUUUUGUUGAAGAAACAAAGAUUAGGGAUUUUUCAAUCCAAGUCUUAGAAAGCUGUUUAGAGUUAUAGAUCUGAAAUAUGGGAGUCGAAAAUUACCAUGUGAUUGAAAUGGUAGGCGAAGGUUCGUUUGGGAAGGUGUAUAAAGGACGACGAAAAUUUUCUGGACAGACUGUUGCGAUGAAAUUUAUUCUUAAACAUGGCAAAAGCGACAAAGAUAUACAGAAUUUAAGGCAGGAGAUUGAGAUUCUGAGAAAGCUAAAGCAUGAAAAUAUAAUUGCAAUGCUAGACUCUUUUGAAACUCCGCAAGAAUUUUGUGUUGUGACUGAGUUUGCACAGGGUGAGCUUUUUGAAAUUCUCGAGGAUGACAAAUGCCUCCCGGAAGAACAAGUUCAAGCUAUUGCAAAGCAGUUGGUGAGAGCAUUGCAUUACUUGCAUUCAAACCGCAUCAUUCAUCGAGAUAUGAAGCCCCAGAAUAUUUUAAUUGGAGCUGGGUCUAUCGUUAAGCUUUGUGAUUUUGGAUUCGCGAGGGCAAUGUCCACAAACACCGUAGUGUUGCGCUCUAUCAAAGGUACUCCUUUGUACAUGGCUCCCGAACUUGUACAGGAACAACCUUACAACCACACUGCUGAUUUAUGGUCUCUUGGAGUUAUAUUGUACGAGCUAUUUGUUGGUCAGCCUCCCUUUUAUACAAAUUCAGUAUAUCAACUAGUUCGACACAUUAUAAAGGAUCCUGUAAAGUAUCCGGACACCAUGAGUUCAAAUUUUAAAAGCUUUCUUAAGGGGUUGCUCAAUAAGAUGCCGCAAAGAAGGCUGACAUGGCCCGCACUUCGUGAGCACCCCUUUGUUAAAGAAACCUCAGAUGAUCUGGAGGCCAUGGAAUCACGUAUAGCAACUGCUGCAGCUACGGGUAAUGAUGCAGCUUGGAAAGGCGAAGGCAACAACAAACAUGCGGCCCCAGUUGGAUCAUAUGCUGCAACUCCUGAGAAAAAAGUUCAUUCUUCUACUACUCCUCAGAAUAAAGGUUCCCGAAGUCCUUUGACUAAUGAUCGAUUACAUAGUCCUGUUGCAGCCAUGGACAGUCCAUUUCCUCAUGAAGAUCCCUUAGAAUUAACAGUUCCUGCUGCUGACUCAGGCUGCCAGGUGUUGGAUAGAUUGGAAAGUAACUCCAGGACAAUGAAAGGAGCAAAUUUCAUUGGUCAAGAUAGUGAAGCAAUGUCGCUUGUUUUGAUGCCCUUAAUGGACUGGUCCAAAGAUUCAUCAAAACCAAGCAGGGAUCAGGAUAUUGUUCGUGUAAAUGUGUCUCUUAGAAUCUUGUCAAACUUAGCCGUAGCAGGUGCUCUUCAUUCUGAUGUGGCACUCGACGACAUGAUCAGGGAACUUCUUGUCUUCACUGAUAGUGUAAUCAACAUGAAAUCUUUGGAUGGUAAUGAUUUAACAGCGAAGAGCUUCUCACUUAUGAAGAAAUUAGUGGAUAUUAGUGGAACUGAUCUUCGAGAUUCUUAUAUCCAGCAUUGGUCGAUAUUAGUAGAACUGUACUCAAAGGUGGUCGACUAUACCGAGGAUGCAUCUGGAAGGGUCUUGAAUGAGUCAACUGGGUGCAUUGCUGUUAUGUUAUCUAGAGUUGUGCAGGGACUUAAAAGAUCUCUUGUAGGUGGAAGCCCAGAGGUGGCUUCGCCAAAUGAAGUUCCAAAACAGAUCUUGCGUCAUGCAAAAACAGCUGGAGUGGCAGAGUCAUUGUCUGUUUGCUUAGUUGCUUCAGGAACUAGUCUAAUAGCAGGUUCUCCAAAUAUGUUACGUGCUGCUUGUGAAGCGUGCAGGGGUCUGUGGGCGUUGGUAAACGGAUUUGAAAUUUUGUUCACAGCAGGAAAUAUUUAUUUGUUCCCACUAAAAACUUUCUGGAGCCAUUCUUUACAUCGACUUGACAUUGGGGAGCAUGAAAGAGGUUCAAUGCUUGGGAUAGAAUCAGCAAAAGUUAUUGAUGCAGUCGCAAAAGCUCUGAUCAAAUCAAAAGCAAUGCAGGUUGCAAUUUACUAUUGUCUACAUCAACGCAUGGAAUCUGCUUUAUCUGCUGCUAUUCAGCUCAUGUUGAGGUGCUGCGUUCAUAAUGAAUCCAUAUGUGGUUUGCUUUGUGGCCUACCUAAUUCCUUGCCUGCUACAACUGUGGUCAGUGGAGGUGGAGAUGGUACAAUCAUUUCAGAAAUAUUCUCUAUAUUAUGUCUCUGCACUUCACAUCCAAACAAAGAACCACCAACAGGAGAAGCAAGUAAAUCGAAAAUAUCAAACCCGAAUGCCCUUGUCCUGCAUUCAUGCCUCAUCGUUGCCACAACUGCACAAUAUUUGAAGCUGUCCGGACGAGUUUCGGCGUCGUUCAUUCUCACGACUACUACCAAAAAACAACUUUCUCGACUUUCAGUCCUUGCUCAUUACUCUUCUUCUAAUGAUACAGUUACAACUUCCUUACAACCACAUUGUCUCUCUGCCAUGUUAGCUCUUGCUUCUGUUUUAUCUCUUGAAAGUGGAGUUCCUUCUGAAUCCUCUCUUUCUGAGUCUGCAAUGCCUAUGAUACCUCCAACUACCACACUAUGUAGCAUUCUCGCUAUUCCAUCAACAGACAGAAAUGAAGCGUCUUCUAACCAUUAUGGUAUGCUCUCAUACUGGCAUGGGGUUAGAGAUGGUUGCGUUGGUUUAUUAGAAACUAGAUUAAAGUGGGGUGGACCAUUAGCAGUUCAGCAAGCCUGUGCAAAGAAAGCUCCCCAGAUACUUCUUUGUUUAUUAGCAAACCGUCUUCUGAAUGUUGAAAUGGAUGAAUCUAAAGAUUUAAUUGGCUUGUCACCUACUGGCGUUACGUGGAUGAUAUCUUCAAUUUGUCAUUGUCUUUCAAAUGGAGCGUUGUUAUUUCGUGAGAUCUUGGUUAGGAGUGAAAAUGUCAAGCUAAUAUCUAGUUUAAUAUCUGAAACACACCUCAAGAUCUUGAAAUGCUGGAGUGGACCUGGUGGUGGUACUGAUGGAGUCAGAGAUCUAAUCAAUACAGUUAUAGAUCUCCUAGCAUUUCCUUUUGUUGCAGUGCAGAAUGUUACCUCAGGUUUACCAUCAACCACUGCUUCAGUUAGCAGUGGUUUCCUUCUCAACAUGGGUUCACCCGGUGGAAAGCUAGGUGUCCAAGACAAGGACAUGGUGAAAGGGAUUGAGGCAAACAUGCCCAAGUAUGUUCAAGUUCUUCUAGAGGUAGGAGUGCCUGAUCGUAUUCUUAAGUGCUUGGAUUAUGUUAAGUCAAGAGAUUUUGGAAAACCUGUAGCUUUUCUGGCAAAGAUGGCAAGUGUUCGUCCCCUUGCACUUCAUCUUCUAGGGAAAGGUCUGUUGGAUCCAGGGAACGUGAGGAAAUUGCUCAACAGUUCAAACCCAAGGGAGGUUGUUUUGGAUAUUCUGAUGAUAAUUUCAGACUUAGCUCGGAUGGAUAAGGAUUUCUAUGAACACCUUAAUAGGGCAGAUCUCUUGGAGUCCAUGAAGACAUUCCUUAGCCAUGAAGAUCCAAAUGUACGUGCAAAAACUUGCAGUGCUAUAGGGAACAUGUGUCGGCAUAGCCCUUACUUUUAUAGCUCACUGGCAAGUCAACAUAUCAUCAGUCUCCUUAUUGAUCGCUGUGCUGAUCCAGACAAACGUACCAGAAAAUAUGCUUGUUUUGCUAUCGGUAAUGCCGCAUAUCACAACGACCUGUUGUAUGAAGAACUUAGGAGAUCCAUACCUCUACUUACUAGUCUGCUGGUUUCGUCAGAGGAAGAUAAAACGAGAGCAAAUGCAGCUGGUGCACUGAGCAAUCUUGUCCGCAACUCUAAUAGGCUUUGUGAAGAUAUAAUCUCGAAAGGAGCCAUGCAGGCUCUGCUGAAGUUGGUUGCCGACUGUUCCACCGUAGCUUUGAGCCCGAGUAGAAAGGAUGCAGUAAAUGAAUCACCAUUGAAGAUUGCUCUAUUUUCAUUGGCAAAAAUGUGUUCCUACUCACCUUGUAGGCAGUUUGUCCGUUCUUCAGAACUGUUACCCAUUAUUGGACGUCUUAAACAAUCCCCAGAUGAAACUGUUGCCAAUUAUGUGUCCAUUAUAAUCAAAAAAAUUGCAGAAGCCUGACAAGAUAUCUACAUUUUGAUCUGUGUACGCACACUCAUGCAAUAAGAAAAGUUUAUUUAUGUAAUUAGAUUCUAUAAUGUGUAUAGUAAAUUUUGCUGUUUAUUUUGUACACCUUGUUCUUAUUUUUCUGAAGAAUCAGAUUAAUCACGAGCACCUUAGAGUGUGUUGUUUGGUGGUAUGCAAUCAUAUUAACAGAAGGAAACUAAUUUACCAUUUUUUAAGGUUCUCGGGAAAA